AUGGGAGGACUUCACUCUGCUUGGAGCCGGAUGCAGGUACGCAAAACCAUGGACAGGAGGAAGAGUGCCACUGAUGUGGACGUUGCGUGGCUUAUCAGGAACAGUUCGCACCGGAAGGGUGUGGUUUACAGUGAAGGGGACGAGGCGAGCGAGGUGUGCAAGCUGCCUAUGCGGGAGGUGAAGGAGGAAGGAGUGCCGCUGCGAAGGACGAAGUCUGCGUCGUCUGCGCCGGCGCCUACGUUUAGUGAAAGUGCAGCCAAUGCCAGUAAUGCCAGCGUGGAGGGCGGCAGGAGGGGCAGCGUGUCUAAGGGGAAGAUCGGGUUCUUCAAGUCGUUGUUCUCGCACCAUCGGCACGAAGUGCCGAAGCCCGUGGAGUCUGCGCCGCAGAGCCCCGAGCUGAGCCCCAUGCAGUCUGUGCAGUCGAACGGGUCCUCUCCGACCAGGCGGCUGAGCCAGCCGCGCACCAUCAGCAACGAGUCCUCGUAUGCGGUGUCGGCGGAGAACAGCAAGCGGCUGGACGACUUCAUAGCGCACUGCAAGGAGACGCUGAGCGAAAGACAGAGAGGUAUUGACGAGAGGCAGCGGCACGCUUCGAUCGGCAGACCACAGAGUUUUAUGACGCCGGCUCAGAGCGCGCCCAGGAGGCUGGACUCGCGCGGGAGACCCAUCCCACCGCACCCUUCGAAGUCUGCUUUCCCACCAAUACUGAAAAGAGGCAACUGCGACGAGCGCAAGCUGAAUGUGGAAUCCACAGUAUCCCUGUCGUCUGUCGACGGGCCCGCUCCAGAGACGCCAUCCUCGGCGACGCACAAGUUCGGCGCAUUCUUGAAGAAAGUGACCUCGUAUGGCAGUCAGCCCAGCUUGAAUCCAAACGGGACUUUCGACAGCAUCGACCGUACCGUGAGCAACAUAUCAGACUCAUCCCACAGGACCACACAAGACAGGUACGGCACAGUGCCGGGACUAGAGAACUGUAAGCAGCUGAAACACGUAGCGUUUGCGACAACAACCUAUUUUAAUGACCCACCACAACAGAUAUGCAGCAAGAACCCCAGAAAAGGUGAAGUAGAAGUGAAACCCAACGGAUCAGUUAUUAUUCACAGACUCACACCAGAGGAGAGAAAAAAGAUAAUGGAAACAUCUUCCGCCGGUAUAGUAGUCGGCGGCUCAGGACAGUUGAAAGUGCUGAACCCAAUAGAACAGCAGUCAUCAGACGACGAGGACUCACAGAAGAGAAAUAUAGCCAUAGCAGCAGAGGAAGCAGCAGCAGAGGCUAGAGGAAAUAACAAGAAAGAAGAAGAUAUAGAAGUUAGCAAACUUGCAUCCCACUUAACCAUCGAUAAACCAAUGGUAAGCAGAAGACCUCGUGAGAACCCAAUUAGAACGAGCUCUAGCUCCUCUUUACUUUCGAUUCUAUCAGAUGAGGAAAAUAAAAAUGGUACAGACCAGUCUCCAAAGGGAUCUGAGUCAGAUUCAGGUACUGAUGAAGAAGAAAUAUACCCUCCUCCGAACCUCAAGAUCCCCCAUGAUGUGGUUUACACAAGGUGCUGCCAUUUAAGAGAAAUUUUACCAAUACCUGCAACUUUGAAACAGAUCAAGAAGGGCUCGACUGAUCCAAUACCUUUAUUACAACUACGGAACCCUAGACCUUCUCUACUGGAAAUAUGGUCUUUUAGCGAUUUCCUAAGCAUAUCUCCUGUGCUGUGUGUUUCUCUCGAUGGUGUUAGUCUGACAGAAGAAAUGCUAAGGAUUAUUCUGAGCUCAUUGGUAUCAAACCCACAUCUGGAGAAGUUGACCAUGAGGAACACUCCAUUAAAUGAAGAUGGUUGGAAAAUAUUAUCUUAUUUCAUAACCAAACAGAAGAAAAACUUUGUCGCAUUGGAUUUAACCAUGGUACCAACAAUUAAAACCAACGUACAAAAACCAUCCAAAUCCUCGUUGGCCAAGAAUGCUAAUAAUCCAAAUCUUUUGAAAAGAAUGGAAUGUAACACACAUAACAGAUCAGACAUGAACUGGGACCUACUAACUGCAGCGGUGGCUACUAAAGAGGGUGGUAUUGAGGAAUUUGUAUUAGCAGGUGCAUGUAUGAGUUAUACGCAAUUCAAAAACUUUAUUGAACUGGCAUGUACAAAUACAGAUAGACUAGGGUUAGCUUACAACAAAUUGACAAUGGAGCAGUGUAAAGUUCUGGCUGAAUGGAUAGUUACAUCCAAUAUCCGCGGUCUAGACUUGGGAUUUAACGACCUAAAAGGUAAAACAUCAGUGUUCACUGAUGCCGUUGCUAACAAAGUUCAAAAUGUUGGUGAGAAAAAUGAAAUGAAGUACAUUUCAUUAAACUCAACAAAUUUAUCAGUCGAAGCCGAUACCACUCCUGAAAAUAACGAGGUUUUGAGAUUAUUAAGUGUAUUAUGCUACUCAGAAAACUUGAAAUUUUUGGAUUUGUCCAACAAUCCAAAAAUAUUCCCUCAUUGUAUCAAAACCCUAACGACGUCAUUACCAGUGUAUGUGAACUUAAUUAGGUUACAUCUAGAUUAUAAUGAUCUAGAUUGUGCUUCGAUUGUUGUCCUCGCAGAGAGUCUACCACUAUGUUCAAAAUUGCAUCAUUUGUCUUUGUUGGGGAGUAAGUUGAAUUUGGCCUCGGCAAAAGCAUUAACAGAAGCUGUGAAUAAGAGUAAUACAUUGAUGACAUUAGACCUUGAGUAUAAUACUGUCCCUGAGAGUAUAAAAGAGAGAAUGUCCUUAUACACCAUGAGAAAUAUCCAAAAUGAGCUUGAUAAUGUUCAGAAAACAAAAAGGAAAGCAGGACUUUCCUUACCAUCCGUUCCUCAGGAGGAAAUGGCAGCUAAUGAGAAACAAAUAUCCACCCUACAAGAAGAGUUAUCUUCGUUACUUACUGACAAGUUUGAAGACUCUUUAGAGUAUGACAAGUUAGUUGUAGAGUUUAUUGAAAAGAUUACUAAGGUUAGAACUAAAAUUGAAAAAGUUGUCAGUGAUUUAUUUGAUCUGAGAGUUAAGAAUGAGCUAAGUUGUGAGGGUAAGGAGACCUUGAUAAACCUAUGCCUCAUCGACUCAAGUUUUGAGCAGGGUAUUCACCUUCUGAAACAGCGCCAUAAUAAAUUACAGAAACACACGGUAGCAGCACCAACGUCUAUACAUGACGAGAAAACAAACCUGACCUCAAAUAAGGCAAUGAACAAGUUACUAAACAACCCUAUGUUUUCAGAUCCAUUUGCUAAUGAUUCUAUGAGUAAACUAUCAAAUAAUGAUUCUGAUCAAUCUUUAGAAAGGACUCAGAGGGAUAGAACCAUAUUAUCUUCUUCUGCAUUUGGAAACACCGGCCAUUCCGCCUUGCUACCAUUUGGUACUGCCACAGUGGAAGAGUCCAACAAAGCUGCUGACGAUACAGUUGAGUUUAGAGAAAGUGAAAACUCUUAUAAGACAAUCGUCCGUGGUCCAAGUACCGAUCCAAUUGGUACCAAAUAUGACAUUCUGAACAAAGAACUCGAGCACCUACAAAAGAACAAAGCCAAUAAACCAGCUGAGAAGUUAUAUACAUUAGACUCCGGAGUAUCCAUCAAUUCCGAUGAAUUAACUCGUGCAGCAGAAUCUUUAGAGAGUGAAAAAAUUAAGGACUUCUUGCUGAAGAACGAUGUCGCUACCAUCGUUAAUGUGAUUGAUGAACUGCACGAGAAGGGCUAUCAUCUGCACGAUAUUUUCCGUAAACAAGAAGUUGACGACCAUAAGAAAGAAGAAAUUCUCAAGACACUACAGGAGGACCAAUCUCAUAACAAAAGCAAUAACCCAUUCUUAGAAAGUACCGGCAACGGUGCAUCCGCCGAAGCAAAGAAAGCUAUACCAAAGUACAUGGAAGAGAAAGCCAUUGACGAAGCAUACGACCAAGUCCUUGACAACAUCGCAAGAAUCAGAAGUAAAACUCACGAAUAA